AUGAAUUGCUCGUGGAGGAUCCGUAUGACUGAUGUCCGCUGCACUCCGACUGCCUGGGCCAACCGACGCGUCGAUCUCUGGGGACUGCGCUGGACUGCUGGCAGCACCUUCGCUGCUGCCACUGUUGUACGGACUGACCUUGGGCGCCCAGGGGCCUAUUUCAUGGAAUUUACAAGUUCUACAAGUUACAAGUUACUACAGUGCACGGGAUUAAGGAAGAGUACAAUCCCACCUCCCCAAGAACUACACCUUCUCUAUCCUAAGUGGAAGAGAGCUCCUCUUAACAUCUACUCCUCCUCCCGAGAUCCUGGUACGAGAGGAAGAACCAUGGGAAUCUUGGGUGCUGAUUCCCUUGAUGGUACCAUGAAACCAGCAUGCAUAGGGCGAAAGGACAUCUUCAUCUUCCUUUUUUGCAUGGGGAGUCUAACCAUGUAUUGCCUUGUCUCGAAGCCAAUGGCAAGCGAAGUCUGCAGAGGUAUGGCGCAGGCGAAAGAGGGAAGGCCCUCAGGCCCGAGGAAGACCAUCCUCCUUUACGAUCGCCUGCUGGGCAGCUGGAAAAACUGGUUGCGGUAUCACAACUUCCAUAAACACCUCCAUUGCCGCGUAGGUAACGCCACCUAUCGCUGCGACGUCAGCUUCGGAACACACGACGGAGUAAACCUGAAGGAAGCUGACUUCGUUAUGUUCUCCUGGUAUUGGUGGGACCGAUUCGCGAGAUCCUCGAUCCCGGAGAAGACCGAUGGAUCGAUAUGGGGGAUUUUCACAAAUGAAGCCCCGGUUGUCAGACACAAUGCCAUCUUACCCAUUGACUGGGUGUUCACUUAUGAAUCGGACGCAGACGUCAUCACGAGGUACGGUCGGUUCUCCAGACGAGAAAAGCCCGACUUGAUACACUUCCGUCAGUUUCAAAGGACUUGUCGUCCGCAGAAGAGAAAACUCGCAGUUGCGCUCAUCAGCGACUGCCACGCGCCAAGCAAGAGGGAAGAACUCAUCCGGGACCUCCAGAGAGAAAAUCUCACGGUCGAUGUGUAUGGAUAUUGUGGGAAAGGGAUGAUCGUGGGGAACAACAUCAUUGGAUAUCAAUAUUUGUGGAAAAAGUACAAGUUCUUUCUCGCCUUCGAAAAUGCGAUCUGUAAGGACUACGUGACCGAGAAGUUUUUCGAUGCCCUCCGUUUCCCUUGGGUUCCGGUGGUUCUCGGCGGCGCAAAUUACUUUUCUUUGGCCCCGCCAAAUUCCUAUAUCGACGUGAGAGACUUCAGCUCCGUUCGAAGCCUGGCACAUCAUUUGCGGCAUCUUGACGGAAACAAUAAGGCAUACCGAUUGUAUUUCCAAUGGAAGUCCAAAUAUAUCAUAAACACGGAGAAGGGGACCAUGGAUAUUGGCUGUCGCAUAUGCGAGCGGCUCUACACGGCGUCGCGGACGGAGCCGCCGCCCGACCUCAAAAGCUUCUCGAAGCAUCGGCGCUGCUUCUUCCCGAAUUCAACCAAUGAUAUUUUUUCCAAGAAUUUUAAUUUUUAA